UCACAGGGACUCAUGGAUCCAGAAGCUGCGACCAAUGAGACUGCUGUUACUGAGUUCAUUCUGCUGGGCCUCGUUGAAACAGAGAAGUUGCAGUCUCUGGUCUUUGUACUUUUCCUCUUUGCCUACCUGCUCACAGUUGGGGGCAACCUCAGCAUCCUGGCUGCCAUCUUGGUGGAGCCUAAACUCCACACCCCCAUGUACUUCUUCCUGGGGAACCUAUCCUUUCUAGAUGCUGGAUGUAUCACCGUCACUGUUCCUGCAAUGUUGGGUCGUCUGCUGUCCCACAAGCGUACAAUUUCCUAUGAUGCCUGCCUCUCCCAACUAUUUUUCUUCUAUCUUCUGCUUGGUGUGGACUGCUUCCUGUUGACAGCCAUGGCCUAUGACUGAUUUCUGGCCAUUUGCCAGCCCCUCACCUACAGCACCCGCAUGAGCCAUUCAGUCCAGUGGAUACUGGUGGCUGUGUCCUGGGCCUGUGCCCUCACCAAUGCACUGAUCCAUACUAUUGCCCUAACUACACUCAACUUCUGUGGUCCCAAUGAGGUCAAUCACUUCUACUGUGACCUGCCACAGCUCUUCCCGCUCUCUUGCUCCAGCACCCAACUCAAUGAGCGGCUGCUCUUUGCUGCUGGUUUCAUAAUGGCAGGUACACCCUUGACUCUUAUUGUCACCUCCUAUAUCCACAUAGCAGCUGCAAUCCUACGAAUCCGCUCAGUGGAGGGCAGGAAGAAAGCCUUCUUCACAUGUAGCUCCCAUCUCACUGUGGUUUGCCUCUUGUAUGGAACUGGUAUCUUCAACUACAUGCGUCUGGGUAGAGAGGAGGCUUCAGACAAAGAUAAAGGGGUUGGAAUUUUCAACACAGUUAUCAACCCCAUGCUGAACCCGCUCAUCUACAGCCUCAGGAACCCUGUUGUGCAGGGUGCCCUCUGGCGGGUAAUAACAGGGAAGCAUUACUGA